ACAUGAUCCAGACUCAUUCAAGAAGAAAAAAGAAAAAUGAGUCCCUGUCCUUCCCUCUCCCUCCUGCUCGUCUCCUUCCUCACCUCCCUCCACGCUGCAUCUGCAGAUGGCGGUGCCAACAGCGUAAUCCACGAAACGUGCACGAAAUGCGCCCAUGAAGACCCCACCAACGUCAGCUACAAGUUCUGCGUCUUGUCACCCGAGUCGAACCUGAACAGCCACCUCGCCGACCUCCGGGGCCUCGGCCUCAUCUCCAUCAAGUUGCUGCGGCACAACGUGACCGACACGAGGUCUUGCACCAAGAAGCUUCUGAAGAGCGAGAAGAUGCAUCCGUUCAUCAAACCAUGCUUGCAAGAUUGCUUGGAGCUGUACUCCGACGCGAUCCCGACGCUUAAAAAGUCGAUCAGACCCUACAAGUACAAGAAGCACUGGGACGUAAACAUCGACUUGAGCUCAGUGAUGGAAUCCUCGACGACGUGCGAGGAUGGGUUUGCAGAGAAAGUCGCGGCAUCGCCGUUGGCCGAGAGGAACAAGGACGAGUUUCGGUUGUCGGCUUAGGCUCUCUCGAUUGUUACGAUACUCUCGCGUUCUCCCCAUUAGUUAGGGUUGAACGUCGUGGCCUUGCAUUGCUGUCGACUCCUGUAUCGUCGUGUUUGGCAUACUUGAUCGUGCACUUGAAUUCGUUUAUUCGUUUGCUUAUGAACUGGUAUGAUAAUGCUGUGGUUUUCUUGCAUGAUUUAUUGAUUAUAUCGGAGUUCUUAGCGUUUCUCACUGCGGCCUAUCAAUUUUCUGUUUUCUCUUUCUCCUUGUGAUUAAUUGAAUGAUUUUGGAAGA